UUCGCUGAUAUCUGUGAAGAUUGCCUGAAGAAACAUCUUAGAUCUACUCGUUUCUCGAAACCCACUCUUCAAAAAACACACAGAAUGGAGACACAGUUUCAACCUCAGAUGAGACAGCGUGUGUUCACCGGUGUUGUAACACAGCUUCAAGAUCAUCAUGGAAUGGUUGACCAGGAAGUGCAUUUCAAGAUGAGUGUUGUCAUUGGGAGAGCUCCCCUGUUGGGUGAGAAAGUGCUAGUGAAAGCAGUACUAGACCCUUCACAGUCUAUAAACUGGACAGCACAGAGAGUACAAACUCUAAAUGGACAGCCUUUCAAAUCUCCACCACCGCUGUUACCCUCAAUGGCAACCAACCAGAAACCAGGCAUUUUGGGAAGCAAACCACAACCGCUGCUCAAAUCCCCCAAAAUACCUCCACUCAUACCCUGCUUGCAAACAAAUCCUGCCGGUUUGCUCCAAAUUCCGCCCCACCACGGGCUACCCUGGUCGGGGCCGUAUGAGGGUUGGGCCGGAGGGAACCGGAAAAGACACAGCGAGGCUGUGGGUGGACGUCGAGGCGGAAGAUGGGAGGACAGCGGGGCGUGGGGAGGGGACGGUAUGCACCAGAAAAAGAGGAGGUGGAAAACAACGUCAGAGGAAGAGAUCCCAAAGAAGAGCGCCUCCGCUCCUCCAGAGAGCGUACCCCUCUUCUCCUGUUUCCCCAGAGACAGUGUGGCCUGUGAUAGCCUGGAGCUGCAGAGACGGUAUCCACACCUCCAUGCCCCCCCCAUGCUCUUUCACUUGCAGCUCUGCUGGACAGAGAGCUUCCCCCCCGCCCGGCCCCUGCCUCUCUGCGGGCCGUGUCUCUUCCACCUGGGCUCCAGUCAGUCAGACAGCCAGCCUACGCCCUCUGAUCCUACCGAUUCGUCUUACACUGUAAAGGUCAUGCUGUUGUCUAUGCCAAGCAUUGAGGAUUUUUAUGCUCAGUGUUGCAACCUUUCAGAGGAUUCCCAUGGGCCUCAAGGGGGCGCUGUUCAUCCCACAACUCUGUUCAAGUUCCUGCUGAUAGAAAGUGCAGGGGAACUACAACUCCCAGGAGGCCUAUGGUCAAAGGUAGAUGGGCCGAACCCAGGCAAGGACGGGACGUCUCUGAUUCACACUGCAGUCCGCUGCGUGAAGGAACAGACUGCUCUGGAUCUCAGCGCGUGUGCCCAGUGGCACAAGAUGGCAGAGUUGAGUUACCUGUGCGGGGAAAGGGUGGAGACAGUGGUGUUCUUAUUACCAGAUGUGUGGGACGUUGUCCCAACGCAGGAGGAGUGGGCUUCCCUCCAGAAUCAAGCCCCUGGAGAACAGAAGGCAGAUGGUUCCCCACUCCCUGAUGUUCCUUCCCUGGUGGUUCACCCCUCCCCAGGGCUGAGCCUGGCUGCUGUCCCUCUGUCCUCCUUACUGGAGGUCCGCAACACUCAGUCUAGAGAGUCGUUUGAGGUAAGCUUGAUGGGAGAAUUGUUCAGUGAGAUGCUCCAAAGGGACUUUGGCCUGCAGCUGUACUACUGUCUUUGCAGUCUACCCCAGGGUCCUAGCUCCCCCCAUGUCAAAGCCAAAGCUAACGAGAGUGAGGAUAGCAGCACUCCGACGGAGGAUGAGCCGAAAACGGACAAGCAGAAAAAAAAGAAAGUGGGAAAGGAGGCCCGGAGCAAGAGGAGCUGCCAGGAAAAAGAGGAGGAGCCAAUGAUGGAAAGCGUUGAAGGAAAGGAGGAGAGGGAAGAGACAGAAAAUCAGGCUGAGAAUGAUAAAGAGAGCAAAGGGGUUAUGGAUGGAGAGAGGGUUUCCGGCGGCGUGUCAGAAAACCUGCUCUCCAAUGACAGUGACCGUCCCCUGGGCUGGACUGCAGUUCUCCCCCGUAGGGUGCUGCUCUCCUGGGUUUUCUUUGACCGCCAACUUGUUGGAAGCCUGAGAGAACAGGAUUUGAAAAACAUCCUACUGUCUUUGGGGCUUUACCUCACCUCUGCUCAGGCAGGAGACUUGGUCAGAAAGACUACAGUUGAUGGGCAGUGUGUCUAUCGAAAACUCUGCUCUUGUUGGGAAGACCUUGAUGUAGACAAGCCUGAUUUCAGUACUGAAGGAAAUCGAGAGCUGCUGCCUAAACAGCCGUCUAAGGAGAGAGGACCCACCCGUCGGUCGGCCGGCGGCGGUAACGCGGACGUCGUCAACUACAAAGGGACGUCUCUCAACAUCCCCAACUUGCUGCAGUCGCUGGAAACCAGCAAAAUGGCUCAGCGUGAGCUGGAGAAACGCCUCAGCACUCUGCAGAGCAGACUGGUGGCGUUGGAGGCGGAGGUGCAGCAGGGAGAACAGGAGGACCUGAGGAGUAGACUGGAGAAAGCAGAGACACUCAACAGGACUUUUGAGAAGAGUUUGAAGGAGAACGCAGGACACAUGAUCACAUUCAUAGAGAAGAUGCAGAAAAUGGUCGCCCAGACGACAAGAAUUACAGGGAAAACAACAACUGAUGAGCAAGAAGACUGACGGUCAGGAACAGGAUGGUGCGUACGUUGCCCGCAGAUGGACCACGAUGGAAUCAAAAGAGCCAAGAACCAACGAGAACGUUUGAGUUCUGUAGAUUUUUUUAAAGACCUGUUGGACUAUGUUUCCCUCAUUAAGUCUCGUUCACUGU